UCUUGCAAGUCGAAUAGUCAUUCUCUGCGUUUUUUGAAAGCAAAAGUGGAUGCUCGAUUAGUUGGCUUUGUGUCUUGUGAAGGUAUAAAUCAUUGAAUUUUUGUUUCGAUCCCAAUCGAAGUGGUGAAUUAGAUCCGGAGAUUAUGGCUGAGGGAAAGAAUGAGGAUUUAGCGACCGCAAUUUUGAAGCGCAAGGAUCGUCCGAACCGCCUGAUUGUGGAUGAAGCCGUUAACGAUGACAACUCGGUCAUUUCUCUGUCUCAGGCCAAAAUGGACGAGUUGCAGCUGUUCCGCGGAGACACCGUGCUGCUGAAGGGCAAGCGCCGCAAGGAGACUGUCUGCAUCGUACUGUCGGACGAAAAUUGUCCCGAUGAGAAAAUCCGUAUGAAUCGUGUGGUGCGCAAUAAUCUGCGCGUCCGUCUGGGAGAUGUGGUAUCCAUCCAAUCAUGCCCGGAUGUUAAGUAUGGCAAGCGAGUGCACAUUCUACCGAUAGACGACACCGUUGAAGGUCUCACGGGCAAUCUGUUCGACGUCUAUCUAAAACCAUACUUCCUGGAGGCGUACCGUCCGAUCCACAAAGACGAUACCUUUAUCGUUCGCGGUGGUAUGCGAGCCGUUGAGUUCAAAGUGGUCGGAGCGGAUCCCACACCGUACUGCAUCGUUGCACCGGAAACGGUUAUCCACUGCGACGGUGAUCCGAUCAAGCGCGAAGAAGAGGAGGAAGCAUUGAAUGCCGUUGGGUAUGACGAUAUUGGUGGAUGCCGUAAGCAGCUGGCUCAGAUUAAGGAAAUGGUUGAGCUUCCAUUGAGACAUCCAUCGCUGUUCAAAGCGAUCGGUGUAAAGCCACCCAGAGGUAUUCUUAUGUACGGUCCACCGGGAACGGGUAAGACGCUGAUUGCACGUGCAGUGGCUAACGAAACGGGAGCGUUUUUCUUUUUGAUCAAUGGUCCCGAAAUUAUGUCAAAGUUGGCAGGCGAAUCGGAGUCGAAUCUACGUAAAGCGUUCGAGGAAGCGGAAAAGAACUCUCCGGCUAUCAUAUUCAUCGAUGAAAUCGACGCAAUCGCACCCAAGCGUGAGAAGACCCACGGUGAAGUCGAGCGUCGUAUUGUCUCCCAACUGCUGACACUCAUGGAUGGCAUGAAGAAAAGCUCUCAUGUUAUUGUGAUGGCUGCAACCAACCGGCCCAAUUCGAUCGAUCCAGCAUUGCGUCGUUUCGGGCGUUUUGAUCGUGAAAUCGAUAUCGGUAUUCCGGACGCUACUGGACGUUUGGAAGUUUUGCGAAUCCAUACCAAGAAUAUGAAACUGGCUGACGAUGUCGAUUUGGAACAAAUUGCAGCUGAAUCCCAUGGCCACGUAGGUGCGGAUUUGGCGUCGCUCUGCUCGGAAGCUGCCCUGCAGCAAAUCCGUGAAAAGAUGGACUUGAUUGAUUUGGAGGAUGAUCAAAUAGAUGCUGAGGUUUUGAACUCGCUGGCCGUUUCUAUGGAGAACUUCCGUUACGCUAUGACCAAAUCCAGUCCAUCCGCUCUGCGCGAGACCGUUGUGGAGGUGCCGAACACCACCUGGACCGACAUUGGUGGCUUGGAGAACGUCAAACGAGAGUUGCAAGAAUUGGUUCAGUAUCCAGUGGAGCAUCCGGAUAAAUUCUUGAAGUUCGGUAUGCAACCAUCACGCGGUGUUCUCUUCUAUGGUCCACCUGGAUGUGGUAAAACGCUGCUGGCCAAGGCUAUUGCUAACGAGUGUCAGGCCAACUUUAUCUCGGUGAAGGGUCCCGAGCUGCUAACAAUGUGGUUCGGUGAAUCGGAAGCCAAUGUUCGUGAUAUUUUCGAUAAGGCUCGUUCGGCUUCUCCGUGCGUGUUGUUCUUUGACGAACUGGACAGUAUCGCCAAGUCUCGUGGUGGUAACGUGGGAGAUGCAGGUGGCGCUGCUGAUCGUGUGAUCAAUCAAAUUUUGACCGAAAUGGAUGGUAUGGGUGCGAAAAAGAAUGUUUUCAUCAUCGGUGCCACCAAUCGUCCGGAUAUUAUUGAUCCGGCAAUUUUGCGUCCAGGUCGUCUCGAUCAGCUAAUUUACAUUCCUCUGCCCGACGAUAAGUCCAGAGAAGCCAUCCUGAAGGCUAACCUCCGCAAGAGCCCGGUGGCUACUGAUGUCGACUUGACAUACGUCGCUAAGGUGACUCAGGGCUUCUCGGGUGCUGAUUUGACGGAAAUUUGUCAGCGUGCUUGCAAGCUCGCCAUUCGUCAAUCGAUCGAAGCUGAAAUUCGUCGAGAACGUGACCGUACCGAGAAUCAGAGCUCAGUUAUGGACAUGGAUGAGGAUGAUCCAGUGCCGGAAAUUACCCGUGCCCACUUCGAGGAGGCGAUGAAAUUCGCCCGUCGUUCCGUGUCCGAUAACGACAUCCGGAAAUAUGAGAUGUUCGCGCAGACGUUACAACAAUCGCGUGGAUUCGGAAGCAACUUCAGGUUCCCCGGGGGUCAGGGUGGCUCCAACUCGCAGGCACAGGGAUCGAACCAACCGACGAGCAAUCCCGGAGACAACGGAGACGAUGAUCUCUACAGUUAGAUUACUGCUAGUUCGAUUUACCAAACGAUGUUCUAUUGAUAAUUUUGAGAGUACGAGGAUGUCCAUUCGUAAUACGCCCAUUCCCUCAUUGCGACAUUAACGGCGAGAUCCCAUACACAUAAAUAGAAGAAAAGAUCCUUUAUCAGUUCAAUCUCUAGCUUGGAGUCAUUUUUAUAUCAUCAUCGUUCAGGAAGUAUGACACAAGCAGCAGAGGAAAACUGAGAACUGUAUCCGUUAAAUUAAACUCUAUGAUUCUUCCGAACACUAAACAUAUUUGAAACAUGAAACUGGGAACUUCGUCUUUAUCAAAAGAUUGUAAACAUUUUUCAAAUUACAAUAAUGGUAUGAGUACAGAACAGAACGUCUUUUCUCAGUAGAGUGAUACGUUUCUAACACUAUCCAGUGGUUAUUAUACAAUCACUGGUUCCUUGUUUUAUCGACGUAAUAAAGCGGACAAACUCUCAA